CUUUAAAUUUCACCGAGACGCCAGUGUUUAGCGACUGUUCGUAGGAUGCUACGAGUUGGGAUCUCAGAGUGUGGGAAUCGGUUUUGUUCAGUGGGAGGGAGGAAGGCAGCGUGAGCGACUCUCGGUGUUGCACCUUGCGUGAAAAGGGAACGUAGUAGCCCAGAGACCCUUCAGAUGGAUUGAACUCAGCCUGUGAAUCCGAGAUGGAAAAAGCGAUAGAUUCACCGCUUUUCAUUUAAAGGGAUGAAAUCUUAACAAGUUCCAGCGUUUUCCAAAUCUGCAAAAGGUGCUUUUGGAUGCACCGCGAGACGCCCUCCUGCCCCGAACGAGUGGACUGGGAUCAGAGGGGCAUCAGAAUGGGCUCUGUGGGCGCUGAAGGCCGCAAAGAGGCCACACCUGCGCUGACCCCAGAAGGCAAUGUGGUGAUGAGCUUCAGCUUCGAGAGCUACCAGCUGGAGGAGGAGGACAGCCAGACCAAGGACGUCCCAGAUAAGGGGGUUCUGACCUUCACCGAGCCAGCUUUUGAGGUGCCUGAACCACAGGAUCAUUAUCAUGGAAUUUAUUUUGCCAUGCUGCUGGCUGGAGUUGGGUUCUUGCUUCCUUACAACAGCUUCAUUACAGAUGUGGACUACUUGCAUCAUAAAUUCAAAGGCACAUCGAUUGUCUUUGAUAUGAGCCUUACAUAUAUUUUGGUGGCUCUUGUUGCUGUCAUAUUAAACAACGCUUUGGUUGAGAUGCUCAGCUUGCACACCCGAAUCACCGUGGGCUACCUGUUCGCUCUUGGGCCUCUCCUGUUUGUGAGCAUCUGUGACGUCUGGCUGGAGCAGUUCACGAAGAAGCAGGCCUACGCCAUCAACCUGGUGGCUGUGGGAGUGGUUGCCUUUGGGUGCACAGUUCAACAGUCCAGUUUCUAUGGUUACACUGGGAUGCUUCCCAAGCGAUACACACAAGGGGUGAUGACUGGUGAGAGCACAGCUGGAGUGAUCAUUUCACUGAGCCGAAUCUUCACCAAGCUUCUGAUCUCAGACGAGAAGAAAAAUACCAUCAUUUUCUUCUUCAUCUCCAUCAGCAUCGAGCUGAUGUGCUUCAUACUCCACCUGCUGGUGAGGAGGACCCGCUUCGUGCACUACUUCACUAGCCGAGCCAAGCGGGGGCUCGCGGAGGUCAAGGGUCACACUGAUCCCGGCACAGGGUACCGUGUGCACCACGACGUCAUCACAGAGGAAGUAAGAUUUGACAAUGGACUGAUAGGCGUCUCUCCGACUGAAGCUGGAACAGAAGCAGAAUUUGCAGGCAGUGGAACAUAUGUGCGAUUUGAUGUGCCCAAGCCGAAAAUAAAGAGGAGCUGGCCUAGCAUAAGAGACAUGAUCCUGCAUCGCUAUAUUGUUUCCCGGGUGAUCUGGACCUACAUGCUGUCCAUCGCGGUGACUUACUUCAUCACCCUCUGCCUGUUCCCUGGCCUGGAGUCCGAGAUUCGCAAUCACACCCUCGGCGAGUGGCUUCCAAUCCUGAUUAUGGCUAUCUUCAACAUGUCUGACUUUGUUGGCAAAAUCCUGGCAGCGUUGCCCUAUGACUGGAAUGGUAGUCGCCUGCUUCUGUUCUCCUGUAUUCGAGUGGUCUUCAUCCCCCUCUUCGUCAUGUGCGUCUACCCCACCAGCAAGCCUGCUUUCACUCAUCCUGCCUGGCCCUGUGUGUUCUCCCUUCUCAUGGGCAUCAGCAAUGGCUACUUUGGCAGUGUGCCCAUGAUCCAGGCAGCAGGGAAAGUCAUUCCGGAGCAGAGAGAACUGGCAGGCAACACGAUGACAGUCUCCUACAUGACGGGGCUGAUGCUGGGCUCUGCGGUGGCCUAUUUCGCCUACAACCUCACCUCACACAGCUCCUGCUUUAACUCGGACAGUGCCAACAACUCCUUCACCUCCGGUUACUGAACUGGCAGCUGCUCCGAGCUAGUCAGGAAACGCCGGUCAAUACCAAACCAACGGAAAACAAAAAAAGUCCCUUGCUGUUCAUCCAUUUCUGGCGUGAGGGGGCAAUCCAGGAAACUCCAGAAACACCACUCAUCCCCACCAGUGGCUUAUUGGGAGCUAAUCUGAACUCUUUUAUUGUUGAGCCAAAGUGUACCACCCAGGGGUAAAAGAAGGGAGCGCCCGUCCUAUUUCUGCUUUGCUGUGCUGCCAGUGUUUCACUCUGUUGCCAUGGGCUGUAUUUGGUGACGAUGCCAUUGUUUUUUCAUGACGCCUGUUCGAGAGGUCACUGUCUGUGCUGUGUGUAGUGUCAUGUGACCUGACCACCUUCAUUGUGUUCCCACAAUGCUUUGCUCUUUUGGCUGUUAAGUUCUAGAGAUUCUUCAGAACAUGUCUCCCCAACCUGUUUUUUUAAAAUGAUUUUGUGAGUAUUCCACUGAGCUAAAGACAGUGGAUUAAAUUAAUCCCACCUGCCAGAGGCAAAAUUUGCAAAUCCAGUGCUUGAUGGCUGGUCUUUUGUGUUUUUAGAUUCUUCUUGCUUCUAUAUCUAGUGGAAAUCAGUCUGUUUGUUUGCAAUGCGCAAGGGGUGGGGCAGAUCAAAGAUUUUAUUUCGUCAGGGGCCUGAAACAGCUGUAAACUGCUGUGCUGCCGAUGUGCAUUCUGGGCUGAUUCGUAUUUGCAUCCUCAACUACCGAUGUUUCUCACCAGUGAUGGCCGAGAGGACUCAUCAACAUGACAGGCUACGGCCAGGAAUCAUCGUAUCCCUUUACCAGUACAGACCGAAUGUCGGUGUUCAUGAGUAAUAAACACAUACUUUUCUACAUACA